AUGGUUGGAGUUGCAAUCUUCCAGCCAGGCGAUGUGGGUACCGCGCCCUUGCAAUCAGGUGAUGUACGGAAAGCUUUACAGCUUGGCUUUGUUCCACUUUCCCACGCGCUGCCAGGCAUCGGAGCUGAGAAAGGGCGCCAAGGCCGUAGCUCUCCGUUUGCCCGGGCCACCCUUGCUUGA